AUGAGCGUAGCCAACAUGCCGACUACAAUGCACGCCAAAUCCGUCACGUCAUUGCGGGGUGACUCAACUAUAUGGGGAACCUCUUCUCCGGCCCUUCGACCCGACGAGUACUUCAGCAGCAACCAGUACCAAGCCGGUGACUCUGGGUUCCCCCUCGGCAUGCGCAUGCUCACCCCCUAUCGGCUGCCCUACUCAAGUGCCAGUGGCAACGACGCGUUCAACACAGGCCAUGCAAGUCUCCGGGUUGUGUGCGAGCAUGGCAAUGGUAUCCUCAAGGGUCGCUGGUCAAGCCUGUCAUGUCUACCAGUUUUCAUCCGCCGACCAUCAGAUGUCAAGACCGUCUGCAACUGGAUAUUGGCAUGUUGUAUCCUACACAAUGUGGUAAAUCGGCUCCGAAACGGCGAAGACACGGUGCCAUUGUUCGUCGAAGAAGUGCGACCCAAUACGGAGUGCAAGUCUGAUGUAGUUGACGGCUGUCUUAUUUGGCGAGAGAACAUAAAGUCUGAACUCUGA